AAAUUGUCAGCUAAUAUAUUAUCUUGCAAACUCUUACAAUCUCACACUUGUAAAGUCUUCCACUCCCCUCCACUGCAACUACUUCCACUUACUUCAUUAGAGAGCAGGCUGAUUCCUGAAACAGCAUCUUUUCAUUUACUGCUUCAUUAACAAUUUGUAGGAGUUUCCCUGACCAGUUGCACUGUUUAAUACCAGUGUUACAAUACCUUCUUUCCCAUCAGCAUGGGCAGGACAGGCCUGUACUCACCAAGCCAGCCUAGCCCUGCUGGGCAAGAAGAAUUUGAGUGUUCAGAGGGAUCUGCUCAGUACUGAGGCUUUUUUCCCUAACAGGAGGAGUGCUCUGAAAUUCCAAUCAGAUGUUAAUAACACCUAUAUUAUAUCUCUGCCAAGUUUUUACUUUCCCAGGUAUGGCAGCAGCUGCUUAGUGGUACAGAGAUCAAGGAAAGUCUGGCUUGAAAAUACAGACUAAAGAUGUAAAUUGAUGUUGCUGUGCACCAGCUCUCUCAGCUGGCGAGCACACCUGAGGCAGCCACAUCUCAAGAUUUUAAAUGAGACUAAGGCAAGAGACUGCCACUCAACCACUCAGACUGUCCUACCUGAAGGAUAACACAACAGAACAAGUGCCUCAAGGCCACUGCACAGGAGCAGGCCACUUCAUGCCCAAGACUUAAUGACUUCAGUAACAGAAGUACAAAAGGCCAGAAAAGACCAGAAAAGUACCAGUAAUAGAAGUCAGGAUACUUACGACAACUCUCCUCAAAAAAUAAAAAUAAUUGCCAAGUUAACUCCUCUUGACUGCUCCUGCACUCCCACUUCUGGCUCACAGCACUCUGUCAAAGGCAAACACAAGCCCGGGAGCCUUUCCACCUGCCCUCUGGCAUUUCCUAUGCAAGACUCAGCACGUUCUUCCCAAUUCUGAGAUGGUUGCACAGCUCUCCAUAGCAACCCAGGAUACAUGAGCCCUGCAGUCACUGGCAAGAAUCUAACAGGAACAGCACAUUGGGCUGGAAAAGCUUCUAACGCAGAAGAAAGGCCACAGCUUUAAGAUUUUGAUCCAUGCAAUAAUUAAAGCUCUGUCCACCACUGGCAAAGCAAUGGCAUUAAUAUUCUACACAAACUGGAAAUGGAGACCACAAAAAAGUGCAAACUGUCAGACUGGAUGAAAGCCCAAAUGAAUAAUUCAUUUUCAGAUCCAUUAGGCUGUAGCACAGAUGCAACUGAAGAGGAAGAUGAUUACUUUGUUUAUGAUGGAGAUGUAGGAAUAAGCUGUAAAUACAACAAUAAUUCAGAUAAGUUGAAUGCCUGUAGUUGUACAAAAGGUAUUUCUGGUAUUUUAAACUUAGCCUGUUCUGAAGAUUACAAAAAUAUAAAAGCAGCAACCAAUUAUGAAACUCCUCUACAGCCUGAAGAAUUCUCCAGUCAUCACAGAGGCACCAGAGGAACAACUGGAGUUCCAAUUGCAAUGCCUGGAAGUGAUGCUGCCUUUAAGAAGGAAUUAGCUGUUGGUAGUUCCAGUACACCAGAUAGCAAAGAACAUGUAACUACCUCCAAGAUGUCCAAUGUCCUCCUGCGUCAUUUUCCUAGGGGAGAAUUACUAAGCACAUGCCACUUCAUUGAAUGUGAGACAAUGCCAGAGGCGUCCUUUACUGAAAGUAUCGAUGACACCGGGAGCAAACCUGAGCCUUCAGAACAGAGCAAAAGCCCUUCAGUGCAUGAACAAUGGGCCACAAGCUCCAAGGAGUAUCCCUUAGAAAUGCAGGAAGAAAAAAAUGCUCUUGAUAAAAAUGGAAACUCAUUAAAUGAAAACAGACCUGUUUCAAAGAAACCUAUUUUUUCUUGUCCGUGUGGGCACAUACAAGAAUAUUCCCAAUUGAUCAGUGAGACUGGAGAUGCACACACCUUUCAAAACAGAAAAGACGAGAGAGCCCUGUUCAAAAGAACAGUUUCACCCUGUGAGCUCAAAUAUGGCCAAGGGCAAGCUCACUAUUGCCUCCCUGACUUCUCUGAAGUUGCUUCAGAAGUACAAAAAAAACCUGACAAUAUUACAGUUCCUUCAACUGAAAGAGCAAAACCCUUUCCUGUUUUGCAAAGUAAAUCAGUAACAAUGAACAACAUUUUGGAAAAUAAGAAUUCCUUCAAUUCUGCUAAAGUAGAGAAUCAAGAAGAAAGGAGUAUUUCACAACUGCUGCGACAGCUACAGAUACUUCCUCAGCCAGACUUUGCAAAUGCCAGCACUGCCAUUUCCUCGGGACACACGGGGACACCACCUGAUGUCAUCACAUUACGUGCUCCUGUCCCUGUACAACCUACUCAUGGUUUGCUUAAAGCAAGACUGGAGCCUGGAACAGCAGCAUCAGCACUACCAGCAGCUGGGACAGUAGAAGCACACUGUCUAAAUCCUUCUGAUUCACUGCCACAACUAACACUUGGAGAAAAGAUGUCUCAAAUACUAAAGGAUCAGACAGAGCAACUGACUAAGAAAGUGGAAGACUUCUCUAUGCAUAUGAUACAGGAAAAAAUCUUUUUACAAGACAAAUAUCUGGCAUUAAAUCAACUGAAAAGAUACCUUGAUGCCUUGGAAAGAAAUUAUUUAAAAGCUAGAGAAGAGCACCACAACUUACAACUGCAGAACUACAAGGACAAGCCUAUCAACCUUGGAGAGUUUGAUCCCGAGAGAAGGGUGGAAGGAGGAAUAUUCAGACUUGGCAUGCUGCUUGAAGACAUUCAAGAACAAAUCAAUGGCAGCAAAGGCAGCCUGUCAUCGUUACUGACCUCCUAUGAAUCUGCCCAGUCCUUCUGUGAGAGCUCGGCAGUUUCAAGCACUGCUGAUCUUCCACAAAGAAGAGGUACUGAAACUCCAUUCCUUCACAAGAACCAUGAGGGAGAAAGACAUCAGACAACUGAUGCAAUCCCACCAACAAAUAAACUUUCUUUGGAAGGCAAAAAGUGCAAUCUUUGUCUUCACAUAAAUACAAACAUCCAGGAAGGGAAAGCUGGAACAUCUCUACUCCUCGUGCAGAGAAAACCAACUGAUUUAUCAGAUACCAACCUGAGCAGUGAUUCAGAAGAGUUCUCAGCCUGUUAUAACAAUUCACAAAGCAAGGACCUUGUCAACUGUAACACUCUAAGUCACAAGUCUUCAAAUACGAGAUGUGGAGAGAGAAAAGGACUUAGAUGCAGAUGCCCCAGGGGAAGCAGAGAUCAAGUAAAACUCAGGAAUUACAAAGAGUCUGUUCAGUCUUGUCCCCGGUGUAGAAAAAGCAGCUCUGGUUCAUCCUCUCGUUCACAGAAGAGAAUCUCCACUCAAAAGGCUCAAAAAACUGAACAGCCAGGUGAAGUUGUAACCAGGCUUUGUGAAAGGAAAUCCUUUGAAGCUGCCAAAACCUGCUGUUCAAGCACAUAUGAUAAAAUAAUCCUUUCACAUCAAUACAUACCCAGCAAGAAAUCUGCCCGAAGAAAAUCUGCAAUCAACAUCAGAGACAGAAAUGCCAAUGAUUCCUAUGCAAACAUUUUAAAUUCUUCUCUGGAUCAUGCCAUAAAGACAGCAAACAGUUUGAAGAAAGCUACAGAGCGAAUGGUACAAGCAGUUUCAGAAGAUCUAGCUAAAGUGAAAAAUGUAUCUGGCUUUGACAUUUUAGCUGAUGGUAAGUAGGUUGGAAAACUUUAAAAUACUGUAGGAAUUCAGUGAGCCAAGAAAAGUCAUCUAUUAUUUUCCUUCUAACAUCCACUUAACUGCAGUGAUUAAAGGCAAGCAGUUAACAGCCUUGUUUCAUCAGGGAUGCUACUCACUGAAGCCGAAGUACAUAAGGAUUGAUGAAAACCAAAUUUGAAAUGCCAGUGCAUUCCUUAAAAAGGACAGUCAUUUUCAGGCAAACCUGAGCAAUUUCAUCAGUGGUAGAUACAGAAAUAAUUCAGACUCUGUUCAUACAAGCAGUGAUUGCUAAACUCACUGCCAUGUGCCACUUACUCACUAGCCUGAGUCAAUGGCUUUUUUCAGGGCUUCUUCCACCCUUCACAGUCAACAAUACCAUUAACUCUUCCUCCUUAACCUCCUACUGUAUAUCGUACAACUUCAUUUGCCUCCACUUAUUAUGCCUUUUUUUCCUUUAUUUAAUUUAAUGUUUGGGAUGUCCCCAUUAUUUGCAAAUGAGCUUAAUAAAUGAAGGAAUUGCUGCAGCUUCCUAAAAAUUAAAAGAUUCACCUCUUUCACAGAGAUCUCUCCACAUCACAAGAACAGCUUGUUCUAACCUUUUGUUUAUCCUGGAUCCCUGCACCUGCUGUCCUGUGCCUGACAGCAACUGCCUAUGAGAGAUGACAGUGAAUAGGACAGUGACAUAAUAACAUUUCCUCAGAACAUUCUCUGGCAAAUGGAAAGCCCAGAAUCCUUCCAAAUCAGCAGUAACAUUUAUACUUAUUAGCCCUAUAAAUACUUAUGUUGAGGAUUUUUUCCCCAUAUAACCAUUUAGAGCAUGUCAUUACUGCCUGACAUCUCAGAUACUAAAGGUCCUUUUGUUCUGAUUUGACAGCUGCAGGUUUCAUGGGUUACUUCACACACUGAAUAGGAAGAUAACCCUUCAGUCUGAACACUAUCAGGAUUUUUGAUGCUUCCAUCACACACUCCACAAUCAUCUUUUUUCCCUUGAUCAAUGAUCCUAGUUUAGCCAUUCUUGAGAUGAAGAUUGUUCCCUAUCUUUGAUUUCCCUUAGUAAUUUCUGAAUCUUGUCCAGAUUUCCAGAUUCAACUUUAAAAAUCAGUUGCUGGGUCCACAUGUAGCAUUAGGAAAAGUGUUUUAAUAUGCAUAAUAUGAAAAUAGGAACUUUCAAAAUUAUAAUAUACCUAGUACAUGUACUCUGAAAUACUAAGUUUUUGUCUAUCCUGACAGAACUCUUUGAUAACAUUCUUGAUAAUGAUUCUUGAUGUAGAAAAAAUGUAGCAGAGAAGAUCCUUGGGGGAAAAAAACCCAAAUAUCUUGAAUAUAACUUCCACUUACCCUCUUCAUAAGCCAUUUUGAGUUACAUAUAGGUGCCAGAUUUCCCUAUCAUAAAGCAUCUUUAUUAUUCCACCGUUACAGUAGCAUUUGGCUUUGCUUUGCCUGAUGGAAAAAGUGGCUAAGAGACACAAAAAAAACCAGACUAGGGACUUUUGAAUUAUCAGCUAUCAGGCUAAGCUGGGGAUAGCCCUUAGGCCUGAAGCAGAGACAUGGAAAAAGACAACUCCUGAAUAUACAAGAAGUAAUCUGGAAUUGUGAGCUGGUAUUACUUCAACUCUAUGAAAUGUAAAAAAUAUCAACACAAUGGAUUUUAUGUACCACUGAAAUCAAUUACUUCAGUCCUUAAACGUUAACACUGAUAUCAGCUAUUUCCUUCUGUACUUAACUACUUUCCAGCUUUAGGAAUAAGAAAAAUAAAUGCGUCUACAUACAUCUGUUACAACAAACCUGGGUUCUUCUGGCCAAAGGUGUAAGAAAUAGAUAUAAUCUUAGUGAGAUUUUUCAGUACCAAUUUCAAAGUGUGCAUCUUCAGUAAGAAGACAUUGAACACAGCAUUUCUUAGGUAAGUACUUUUACUCUGGAUUUUUACUGUGAUGGAGUUAGAAACUAUAAUUCACAAAAACAAUACAGAUCUUUCUGCUGCAUUUUUUAAGGUUGUGAUGUACAUGGUAUUUGAUGAACCAGUUGAUUUAAGAGUAGUGUUCCAUAGUCCUAUUGAAAAAAAGUCAGUGCAGAUUCAAGUCCAAACUCGUUUAGGUGCAUUUGAAAGCUACAGCCACUGAUUCUCAUCACUCCCCACGUCCUGCAACAUUUUAGACUCAUUAUGUCAUGCUCUCCCCUUUCAUUCCUCUCUGAUGUAGGGGGAGAACUUGACCUUUUUCCACCUUCUAAUUAACUCUGAAUGAACUCAUCUAAAAAAUGUUCUCUCAAAGUACUGGUUAACCUGAGAACAAAAAUAAAGGGAAAAAAAAAAAAAUCACAAAACAGAAAAUAAAUACUCAUCAUUGGAAAAAAUGUAAAUAAACAGCCAUGAGUA